UUGCACGCCGCGAGUCCGCAAAAUCAAAUUCCCGGCCGCGGCGAGCGCUCCCUGCCAGAGCGCGAGCGAGCGAGAGACACUAGUCAUCAGGGACCAGCCGUCGCCUAACCGCAGAGGCCCUCUCGUCCACAGGAAGCUCCCGCGUGUGCACGUCGCCGCGAUUUAUACGCCGCUCGUUUCUCGCCGUCGCCCCUCCACUCCCAUCUCCCAUCAUUUCUCUAGCGGCAGCUAGUCGACGCACGUGAAGCCUGAGCUUAGCUUGAGCCGUAGAGCGAGCGACCGGAGCCGACAAGCAAGAAAGCGCGGGAAGGCAGCCAUGAGGAUCCAGUGCGACGCGUGCGAGGGCGCGGCGGCGACGGUGGUGUGCUGCGCGGACGAGGCGGCGCUGUGCGCGCGCUGCGACGUGCAGAUCCACGCCGCCAACAAGCUGGCCAGCAAGCACCAGCGCCUCCCGCUCGAGGGCGCCGCCGCGGCGGCAGGGCUCCCGCGCUGCGACGUGUGCCAGGACAAGCCGGCCUUCGUCUUCUGCGUGGAGGACAGGGCGCUCUUCUGCCGCGACUGCGACGACUCCAUCCACGUCCAGGGCACGCUCUCCGCCAACCACCAACGCUACAUCGCCACCGGCAUCCGCGUCGGCUUCAGCUCCGUCUGCAGCGCACACGCCGACAGCCACCCGCCGCCGCCGCCCUCCAAGCCCCCCAGGGCGGCGCCGGUCUCGGCCGCGGCGCAGGAGGUGCCGUCGUCGCCGUUCAUGCCGUCGUCCGGCUGGGCCGUCGAGGACCUCCUGCAGUUCUCCGACUACGAGUCCAGCGACAAGAAGGGUUCUCCGUCUCCUCUCGGGUUCAAGGAGCUGGAGUGGUUCGCCGACAUCGACCUGUUCCACGACGACCAGGCGCCGGCAUCCAAGUGGGGCAGAACCGCGGUGGAGGUCCCCGAGCUCUUCGCCUCGCCGCCGCCGACGAGCAACGGGGGCUUCUACAAGACAGCCGGUGCGCGCCAGAGCAAGAAGGCGAGGGUGGAGCUGCCCGACGACGACGACGAGGACUACCUCAUCGUUCCCGAUCUUGGAUGAGAUAUCUGAACUGAAUGUAUAGUUCGUAUGUGUGAUGUAUUCCCUCCGUUCCAAAGUACUUGUCGUGUCUUAGUUCAAGUUUGUCCAAAAUACCUGGUUUCAGUUCAAAUUUGUACUAAAAGCACGACAAAUAUUUUGGAACGGAUGAAGUAUGAGUAAACUAGUGAUAUGUAUGUGUGUAUGUAUGCAAAGGGAUUCUGCAAUCCUUUUGUGCCGAUCGCUUGGUUGCCGUGGAACAUAUGAAGCUGCAGGGCGAAUCGGGGAAAUACUUUCACAAACGAGAUGGGUUUAUCAGUGUAAUAUACUUUGUACUGUACUACUUUUGAGGCUUAUCAGUCUUCCAAAUUUUUACUGUGAUUUGAUUUUA